AUGAGCGCUCGAAGCGCCGAUACCGCGCGAGAGAGAGGACGUACGGUGACGGCUUUGCUCGCAGCCUCCGCGACAACCCCGUCUAAUCCCUGGUCGACACCUCACAAGUCACGGAGCUUCAACGACAACAGCAGCAACAAUCGCGGCAGCUCCUACGCCGUUGGUUACCGACGUCCCACCACCACCGGUCCUGCCGCCGACGACCAAACCACCACCACCGACUGCGGGGAGACGACGCUCGGUGGUGGUGACGAUGACCUCGUCGGAGUUGUGGACCGGCUGCUCAGCUCGGGGGGUCAAGAUGAGGACAGCCUCGACCUGUGCUCGUCGACUUGGCAGAGCGUGGAGACCAUGGCGAGAGCGCUAGCCACCGGGCAGAGCGUAGUGUCCACUAUUUCGAGGUGCUACAGGCUGCCGGGUCUGGGGCGGAACAACUCGGGCCCGCAGGUCGCUGCCGAGGCUGCCCGGUGCAAGGCACGGCGAGCCGGCACGGAGGCGAUGCAUUCGUCGCUGCUCUCCGGCCGGUUUGCCGCCAAAGCAUUGGCCAUUUUCCGCAGCCUAGGGCAAGCACCUCUCACGCACCCGGACAGCUUCUUUAUCAACUCGUCGAAGCUCCCGGAAGCCGCCAAAGCCCUCGACCCCGGUUUGGACGAUGCGACGAUUAGGGUAUGGAUGAAAGCGAACGGCUUCGAGCAGCAGGGGCGACCGCAGUCAGACAGCCUCGAAGCGCUGUCGUGGACGGAAUACCGCCAGGCCCUUUCCGAACUGUGCCCCGCCUUUCGUCGGCACGGCAUCAACCCUACCACCUCGACCGAGCGCAACACCGCCGUGACGACGCCGAUGGACACAAAGCGCAUCGGGAACAGCGGCGGCAGCGGAGGCUUGGCGUUGUCCGCUAGCUGCCCCUCAUUCACCAAUCACGACCCCUGGGAAGCAGCGGUUGACAGAACGCCCGCAUGCCGUUCCCCCGCUCGCCCCCGGCGUCGUGCCGGCUUGGAGGACGACGGGGAUACUCACGCGGCGGGCGGGAGGUUGGGGGACUGCCUGCCGAGGAGCCCCGGCGUGGACAGCUACGGCGUGCUUCGCAGGAAGCGGCACGCGGCCGUUUCGCUGGACUACGAAGCAAUCACGAGGGAGCGACCGCAGGUGAUGCCGCCGUUGGACCCGUCAAUUUUAGUGGAUCACAUCAAAGCGCAAGGCCGGCGCGACCGCAAAAACCCCGGCAGCGAAGAAGGCGGGAGCUCGUCUCUAUGGACGCUGAGCACCCACGAGCGACUAUAUAAAAUACCCCUCCAGAAAGAACAGGUGCUCAGGUGCUCUGGAAGAAGGUUGCUUCUACCAAUCAGUUUUUUUGUUUUUGCUGGAGGAGGUCUAUUCUGA